AUUUAUCUAUCACACGAUGGAAAACACGUUUUUUGCCGCCUGCAUUGCUAUAACUUUUUUAGGGUAUGGAAAUGUAUAUGUGCUCUCUGAGAUUUGUUGGAGCGAUGUCUGCGAGUAUGAGAUGGUGAUCCAACAUCAAAGAACGAUGGUUUACACAUACAAAUCUGCUGAAGGCCAUGAUAGUUACGUGAGCAAUUCAGUGACGCUUAUGUCAGACGGAACACUUAAAUUAAUUCCAAAUGGAUACUACGACAACGUUGAAGAUCUAGUAGUCAAUGCUAGUGAUGUGAUAACAGCAGAUGGUAUCACCCGAAAUAUCAUUACCAUCAAUAGCUUGUUUCCGGGUCCAACGAUAGAAGUAGGAGAAGGGUCACAGAUUGUUGUGCGUGUGACAAACAAAUUGCUAGCCGAAGCUAUAUCCAUACAUUGGCAUGGUAUACAUCAAAAAUACACUCCCUGGAUGGACGGCAUGCCAUAUAUCACGAACUGCCCAAUACAUCCACAGCAGACAUUUACAUACAGGUUCACAGCGGCACCUAGCGGGACCCACUGGUAUCAUUCACAUAUGAAAGUCCAACGAAUGGAUGGACUGUUUGGGAUGAUGAUCGUCCAUAAGAGGGAAACAAAAGGCGGUGCUGAAAUCGAAGAUUCUGUUCCAUUGUUUGUGACUGAUUGGUUGCAUAUUGAAGGGGCCACAAGUGAUAUGACAAGUCCAUACAAGUUGGACUUUCCUCCGGGAACUGGCGAAUUCUGGUUUAACGCUAAAAAUAGAGAUUAUUCUUUAGACGGUAUAGAGUUAUCAGCAUUGAAAUACAAAAGUGGAUUGAUUAACGGAAGGGGACGUUUCAACAACAAAGCUCCCUUGUUCGAGACAACAAUCAAGUCAGGUAGCACAAAACGAUUUAGAACGGUAAAUGCGGCAGCUGAAUACCCGUACAGGAUUUCAAUCGAUGGCCAUGAUUUGAUCAUAUUGUCAUUGGACGGAAACGAAAUAGAACCAUUUACCGUACAGUCUAUUAUCUUAUUCCCAGGUGAGGAAGUUGACUUUAAGAUAAACGGAGUUCAACCAAGUUCAAAAUAUUGGAUCAGAGCAAAAACGUUGACGGAUGGACUUGGUUCUGAGGAUAAUAACCAAGAAAUAAAUGCUAAACUAAUAUAUGAUGGAGUUCAAUCAAAUUUAGAUCCAGUGUCUACUCAAAGAGAAUGUUCGCAAUCAAACCCCUGUAAAGUUCUGAACUGUCCUUUUCCAAAUCAUCCUAAUUCGAACCACCUGCUCUGCAUUCCAAUCAGUGAGAUGAAAGACAUCAGAUCAUCGAUGUUUUCCGUAAACGACGUUUAUGAAGAAGAAUUCUUAGAUUUUGAUUUUGACAUUGGUUCCUCGGUGAACAAAAUUAGAUUCGUAUUUCCUAGUGCCCCAUGGACUGAGUCAAACAAUGGCGCCGUACCAUGCGCAAGUGAUUGUAGCGAUAUUGACAGCGGCUGCAAAUGCACCCAUGAACUUAACUUCAAAUUCAACCAGGUUGUUCGACUGACACUUUUAAGUAAAAGUGAACCGCAAACAUAUGGUCACCAUCCCAUACAUCUUCACGGCUUUACGUUCGAAGUCCUAAAAAUGGGAUACCCUCUAUUUGAUGAAACUACUGGAAAAAUCGUGAACAACCCGGACAUAGUGUGUGAUACACCAUCGUGUAGCAGAGUACAUUGGAGAGAAGGCAAGCCAAUAGAUUUAAACUUCAAUCACCCACCAAGGAAGGACACCAUACUGGUUCCAGCAGGCGGGUACGUCAUUAUACAAUUUGUAGCUGACAAUCCAGGCUACUGGUUGCUACAUUGUCAUUCCUUAUCACACCUUAUAGAGGGAAUGGCUCUUGUACUGAACAUCGCCGGGGAGCGUCAAGUAAAACCGCCUAAGGGGUUCCCGACAUGUAAUACAUUUGAUUGGUCUUCUGCGGAGUAUAACAGGGCUGUAAAUACAGAUAAGGCCGCAAAAAAACGAAUUGGGCCAAAAUUAACAUAUGGACCCUGUACUUUGAUGUGCAAUAAGCUUGGCAUAAAGAAAUGUUCAAAAACAUGCGGUGUGACAGAAGGUGAUGUCAUUGGAGAAACCUGCUGGGUGAAAUGUACAGAAACCGCUGCAUUGGAUCCAAAUGCUCGGAAAUUACUCGCUAGGUGUGUUCAACAGUGUAAAGGUGAUAUGUGAUAGAGAGAAAAGAACAUAUCACAGUUAUGUCUAAUACAAAACUUGAGAGGAAAAUCCUUUGCCAUCCUUUGAUAGUUUCAGUGUUCAACUAAUUGUUUUAUUUUAAUAUAUAAAAUAAACAUGAAUGUACCUAAUUGAAUAUCAUCAUUCGUAAUGAGAUGAGCUUUGAAUAUUAUGCUAUUUGAAAAUUCAUGAUCUACGAUGUACAUCCCUGAGCCAAAGACAUGGUACAUUGUAAUGUCCACCAAUCCAGUUAACCUAAGAUGGGAUCAAUCGCACUUUGCGUGUAACCAUGACAUUCGGUUACCCAAUAUAUAACAAACUUCUUUCUUGCCAUUAUCUUAAAUACAGGUCCAUAUUUUCAAUCGAUUUGCCUGUCAAUGAAAACAUUUACACAUUUGCAACGUUUCCUUGCAUUACUACCUGAUUGAUAAAGUAAAGGAUUAUAAAGGGUUUUGUCACAUGCGUUCAUUUCCUU